AAAAGGAGCCGAGAGAGUAAACACAACAGGAGGGUUGUUCUUCGCGAGGCUCUGUCCUCUGUGGUGACUCUGCAACCCAGACUCAUUCCGACGCUAGGUGAAUUUUUUUUCCAGAAUUUCCGAAAUUUAACUCUCUUUUGGCGACCGAUAUAUCGGCGACAGAGCCUGAAGAAAUAGUCACCCUUUUUUCCAAUGCCAACGGCUCAAAAUUCCGAUAUAUCGCCGAACGUGCCGGUUUCUACAAGAUGGCUUGUAAUUCAAGAAGCGAAAUUGCAACUGUGGCUGGCGGGUCCUCUGAUUGCAGUGAGCUUGUUGCAGUACAGUUUACAGGUCACAGCAGUCAUGUUUGUCGGCCAUCUCGGAGAGUUGGAACUUUCUAGUGCUUCCAUGGCCUCUUCCUUUGCCAAUGUCACUGGAUUCAGCGUCUUGUUGGGAAUGGGAAGUGCAUUGGAAACACUAUGUGGGCAAGCCUACGGAGCCAAACAGUACCGCAUGCUUGGAGUCCACAUGCAAAAAGCAAUGCUAAUAUUAUUAGCAGUAAGCAUUCCCUUAUCGCUAGUCUGGUUCUACACAAGCAACAUUCUCAUGGCUCUUCACCAAGACCACGAGAUAUCUGCCGCGGCAGGAACCUUCAACCGCUGGAUGAUUCCGAGCCUGUUCGCCUUCAGCCUCCUCCAAUGCCUCAACAGAUUUUUACAGACGCAAAACAAUGUGUUUCCAAUGAUGAUCACCUCUGGAGUCACAGCUUUGCUCCACGUUGGGGUUUGUUGGGGACUUAUUUUUAAAUCUGGACUGCGAAACAAGGGUGCCGCGUUGGCAAUUAGCAUUUCGCAUUGGCUUAACGUGGUGUUAGUGGCAAGUUAUGUGCUGUUCUCGCCCACCUGCAGGAAAACUUGGACUGGAUUUUCGAAACAGGCAUUGCAUGACAUUUUCAGCUUUGUCAAACUUGCCAUUUCUUCGGCUGUAAUGCUAUGCCUCGAAUAUUGGUGCUUUGAAAUGGUUGUUCUCUUAUCCGGUCUUCUCCCGAACCCAAAACUAGAAACAUCCGUGUUAUCAAUAAGCCUUAACACAUGUUGGAUGGUUUAUACGAUAUCAGUUGGCCUUGGCAGCGCUAUAAGCACAAGAGUGUCAAAUGAAUUGGGUGCUGGACGACCGCAAGGCGCAAAAUUAGCUCUACGAGUCAUGACUGUGAUGGCUUUAUUAGAGGGUGCUGCAAUCGCAAUAGCAACGGUUUUUAUACGCCAUGUUUGGGGAAAGCUCUACAGCAAUGAGCAUCAAGUGAUCAAAUAUGUUGCUAAAAUGAUGCUACUGCUUGCAGUUUCCGACUUCUUGGAUGGAUUCCAAUGUGUGCUUUCAGGGGCUGCCAGAGGCUGUGGAUGGCAGAAUCUUUGUGUAGCCAUAAAUCUUAUUGCUUAUUAUGCUGUGGGAAUUCCUACUGCUGUGGUUUUCGCCUUCGUCCUCCAUAUUGGAGGAAUGGGACUUUGGAUGGGAGUCAUUUGUGGACUUGUUGUUCAACUAACAGCACUUGUGGUGGUAAAUUUACGCACUGAUUGGAAUAAAGAGGCAACGAAGGCUGCCAAUCGUGUUCAGAAUACCACCUCAGUCAUCGACAGUACGACCUACGUAAUUUGAUGCGGCAGAUCGAAGCUAUCUUUUCUUCUGUUUUCGAUAGAAAUUUAUUGUCAUGAAAUAACAACAAUUCGGAAGCCAAUUGGAAAAGAAAGAACUUCAUUUGGGGACUUGCAGUGACGCUUAGGAAAGUUCAGUAACAAACCAAGCUCCAAACAAGUUGUUCCCAUUUCCUAGGAGUCCUCGACUUCAAAUAAUUGCAUUGCAUUCUAUUUUCCUAUUUAACAUCGAAAGAACACAAUACAGAAUCUGAUUUACGAAAUUCUUGUUGUCA